CAAAAACAUACGUUUUUCAUAUAAGGUGCACUGUGCUGCCACCUAAUGCCAGGUAUAAAAAAGCUAUGCAUCAAAACGGAUUCUGAAUUUUUGGUAAAGAGUGCAUCUCACUGGAGCAAGGCUGGCUGUACUUUAGAGGCAGGUGGUAGCUGGGCCCAAAAUCAAGAAGAUUACAAAGUACUAUACGAUGCAAUAACGGACAGUGGAAUGGAAAUCAGAUGGCAUUAUGUUCCUGGACACAGUGGUAUUGAAGGCAACCAGAAAGCAGAUGCACUCGCAAGAUUGGGAGCCCAGAUGAGUGCAAACGAUGCUGGUGAUGCUACACUCUCUGAGAAUUUGAAAUCCAAAGAGAAUUACAGUAGAUAUUACUGAUGAUUAUCUUCUUACAGUUGCUUUAUUCUGAAAGUAAGUUUUACAGCAUGAAUCUAAAUUAAAGAUUUGAAUAAUAUCAUUUCCUGUA